GCUGGUGCACUCGAAGUUAACUGGUUGAGCUGCCAGUUAAUCACCGCUAGGUUUCUUUUUUAUUACUUCGCUUAAGAUAUCUGGAGAGAGUUUGGAGCACCCUGGCCCCUCACAAUGAUGGCUGACAGCAGCAUGGUGACUUUAGGGACGGCUCGGAGUCUGCUCGUGGAUUCUUCUGUCUAUGACUCCAAGAUUAUUGAAACCACGAGGGACCACACUUUCCUGGGCAUGACCUUUGAAGAUGGGGAAGACCGAUUACCCAAAGUGGAGACCCGCGUUGUUCUGGUGGGAGAAGCAGGCAGAAAUAGAGCACUGGUCAAAGCACUGCAGGCCAUCAGAAUAAUGGAGGUACCCGUGGUAAAGAUAAGAGAAGGCGAGGCGGGUGCUGAGGAGAAAAUGAUGAUAAAAUCUAUAGUCAAUAUGGACAUCAGCACUCCGUUCUCAACAACAGACAAUGUCCAGGAGUUUGGGGACGGAGACAACACUGAGUUUGAGACGGUCUUUGUUCUCACAGACUUCAAUUCUCCAGACUACAACUACCUCUACAAACAUGAUAACCGCAUCAUUGGGCCUCCUGUUGUGCUGCACUGUGCUGCCAAGGACGAGCCGCUCCAUUUUUCGUGCCGUCCUCUUUACUGCACCGCCAUGUUGAACCUGUCACUGUGCUUCACGGGCUUCAGAAACAAGGAGGAAAUGAAGAAACUGGUAAAUUUGGUUCAUCACAUGGGCGGAAUCAUCCGGAAAGACUUCAGCACAAAAGUGACUCAUCUCAUCGCAAACUCCACGCAUGGAGAGAAGUACAGGCUGGCGGUAUGUAUGGGCACUCCCAUCCUCAGUCUUUCUUGGAUCCAAAAGGCAUGGGAGAGAAGACAUGAUGUGGAUUUUCAUGCAAACGACGAGGAUUUUCGAACAGAGUUCAAAGUUCCUCCGUUCCAGGACUGCAUUCUUAGUUUCUUGGGCUUCUCAGAAGAAGAGAAGGCCAACAUGGAGGAGAGGACUCAGAAACAUGGGGGCCAAUACCUUGAGGUUGGAGAUGAGAGAUGUACUCACAUGGUGGUAGAAGAAAACUCAGUGAAAGACCUACCACCAGUUUCUACCUCAAAGAAACUCUUUGUGGUCAAACAGGAGUGGUUCUGGGGAAGCAUUCAGAUGGAUGCUCGGGCUGGAGAGUCCAUGUACUUUUAUGAAAAGAACGACAGCCCAGCCAUGAAGAAAGCUGUGUCCCUCCUCUCCCUCACCACCCCCAACAGCAACCGUAAACGCCGGCGUCUGAAGGACACCCUGGCUCAGCUCACCAAAGAGACGGAGAUCUCUCCUUUCCCCCCACCUCGUAAAAGGCAGUCGGCAGAAAACUCCCUCUCCAUUGGCUCUCUGCUUGACAUUUCUAACACCCCUGAAACAUGCAAAGCUUUGACAGAGGACAGAGUAGGAGACAGUUCUGUGACCAGGAAUAAUAUGAGAAGAAAGGAACCCAGAGACAGGAGGUCUAGGAAAGACAGGAAAGAGAGGAGGAAAAGAUCUCACCCGUGUCCAAAUACAUGUCAGCGAUCCACCGCAGAGUUGCAGCAAGAAGCUUCAGCAGAGAGUUUGAGGCCGAACAAAGGUUUGACUCCAGCUCAUCCCAAGCAGUCAGCCAGGUGGCAAGUCUCCAAGGAGCUCUACCAGACUGAAAGCAACUACGUAGGCAUUUUGGACACCGUUCUACAGCUUUUCAAGCAUCCACUGGAAAAAGAGGGUCAGGUUGGAGGACCCAUCUUGGCCCAAGAAGAAAUUAAGACGAUUUUUGGUAGCAUUCCAGACAUCUACGAGGUUCACACCAAGAUAAAGAACGACCUUGAAGAGCUCCUCACAGAUUGGUCAGAGAACCAGAGCGUUGGAAACAUUUUCCUCAAAUAUUCUAAGGAGUUGGUGAAGGCCUACCCACCUUUUGUCAACUUCUUUGAAAUGAGCAAGGAGACGAUUGUUCGAUGUGAGAAACAAAAGCCACGCUUCCACGCCUUCCUGAAGAUCAACCAGGCCAAACCGGAGUGUGGCAGGCAGACGCUGGUGGAGCUGCUCAUCAGACCCGUGCAGAGGCUGCCGAGUGUGGCCCUCCUCCUUAACGAUAUAAAGAAACACACGUCAGAUGACAACCCAGACAAGAUAACGCUGGAGAAAGCGAUAGAGUCUUUGAAAGAAGUGAUGACUCAUAUCAACGAAGACAAGAGAAAGACUGAAGGACAGAAGCAAAUCUUUGAUGUGGUCUACGAAGUCGAUGGUUGUCCUGCCAACCUGCUCUCCUCCCAUCGCAGCCUGGUUUACAGAGUUGAAACAAUCGCUCUGGGAGACGAGCCGUGUGACCGUGGAGAACACGUCACUCUCUUCCUCUUCAAUGACUGCCUUGAGAUUGCAAGGAAGCGACACAAAGUGAUCAAUACGUUCAAGAGUCCUCUGGGACAGACGAGGCCUCCGCCCCCACUCAAGCACAUCACAUUAAUGCCGCUGUCUCAGAUUCGAAGAGUGCUGGACCUGCAGGACACAGACGAGUGCGUGAAUGCGUUCGCCCUGGUGGUUCGUCCUCCAACAGAACAGGAGAACUUGUUGUUCAGCUUCCAGCUGGCUGGAGAGGAAACCGUUAAAAGCACCUGGCUGCGUACACUCUGUCGUCAUGUUGCCAACACCAUCUGCAGGGCUGAUGCGGAGGAUUUCAUUCAGUGCACAGAGCCAGAUUCCCUACAGGUCAGCACCAAGGAUAUGGACAGCACACUAAGCAAAGCAUCCAGAGCCAUCAAGAAGACCUCAAAAAAGGUCACCAGAGCGUUUUCUUUUACUAAGACUCCUAAACGUGUGAUCCAGAGAGCCUUCCUCGCCAACAGCACUCCGGAUGACAAGAGCCAGAGGUUGACUUGUGAAAACCGAGUCUGCAGCAGCUCCACUUUGGCUGCGCACCAUUCCCCAUCUAUGGUCCAUCUUCCAUCCAUGUUUGAGAGGAAGUACCACACAUUCAGCCGCUCCAGCACCCAUCUCUUCUGA